AUGGCGCUCACUCAGCCUCGCGUCUCAUGCCAGACUCCCUACAUUCCCUACUUCCUAGCCGCCCUCUCCCUCGCCAGCGCUCCCAAUUCAACACAAACGAAGAGGCGACGAAGGCGAGAAAGUCCGCCAAAAAUGUCAGCUUUAGAGAGGGAAAUCGCGUCUCUAGUACAGGACAAGUACUUAAUGACGAGCCUCGGUGCGAGUGUGAGCCAGUGGAGUCCCGAAGCCCUUGCCAGAGCGUACCAGAGGCUGUUAAGUGUGUAUGACAGCUGCUUCGACUCCCCUUCCUCGAUCAGCUGUGUGAAGACCAGGCUACAGCAUGUCCAGAAAUGUCUCCGUCUGCUUGGGAUUGGCCACCUCGCUCCAAAGCUGGAUGAGCUGACAGAUACUGGCAGAGCUUUAAGGAUCAUCUCUGCCCUCGAUGACAAGAUAUCUGCAAAACAUAGUGUUCAGAUAGCAGCCAAACGGAACAGAGUUAUAAUGAAACAGGAAGAACUCAGAAACAAGCCGGCCAAGAAAGUAGUCAAAGUUCCUGUUCGCAAAGAAAAAUUUGAGCAAGAGAAUGUUGACCCAAAUAUCAUUUCCACGAAUCCUGAGGAGCCAGUUGGAAAGACGUCCACCAGCACAUCCUCGUCAGGAGCCAUUAUGACACAGAAUGAAUGGUUGAUUCAACAGAAGGCAGACUCUCAGCCCACAGAAGCACCAAAGGAGGAAAAAAUUCCAACUAUUAUUCCAACAGGUCGCCAACUACCCAGAACUCCUGUCAAACCAUCUGAUCUUCCACCUGAAGAUACUGACUCUCCAGAAACUCAGCAUGAUCCAGAAACUUCAUGUGCAAUAGAAAACAGUGACAAGGAUUCACCUUUUUUGUCUGUUGCUCCAGCAACUAAUUAUAUUCCAAGUGGACGACAACUUCCCAGAACACCAAAGGCUGAGGAAGACUUCAAUUCUAGUGAUGAUCAGUCAGAAUUUAGAAACUCUGAGUCUCUCUUGGAAGAAAAGUCACAUCAUAGCAUUAACCUUGCAACACAGAACAAAACCGAGACUAACAGAAGAGGAACCUUUGUCCUUCCAACACCCCCAAGAUGCCAACAAACAGUGCUUUUGUCAGAGGAUUCUCUAACUGAUAGUGAAAGACGGGGCACUUUCACUUUCCCGCCACCUUCAGGAUAUGAAAAUAAAGAUUCAUACAGUGAAGUUAGUGAGAGUACUGGUGAUAGGAGAGGGACAUUUACUCUUCCGUCACCUCUAGAAAAUGAGAGAGAUGAUGACACUCUACUAGAUAGAAGGGGCACAUAUACUUUCCCCCCUCCUGCAGAGUUUAAGGGAGAAGAUUCGUAUGGUGAGGAAGUGGACAGUGAAGAAAACAGGAGCACAUUCACCCUCCCACCUCCUGUUGGGUAUGAGGAAGAAGAGUCCCACAGCAAUGUCACUGAAGUUGAUGCAGAUAGAAGGAGUACAUUCACCCUUCCUCCUCCAAGUGGAUAUGGAGAAUAUGACACAUACAGUGCAGCUAAUGCACCAAAUAGAAGAGGAACAUACAAUGUCUCAUCUACUGAAAUGGAUGGAGACUCCUUUGAUUCUUCCCAAGAUGAGGAUGAUAACAUUUUUCAAAGUGAAACCAAAAGAAGAGAAACAUUUGCCAUCCCUUUACAUUCUGAGAAAGAGGGAAGAAGGGAUACAUAUGCUAUUAGUGGUCCUUCAGAUGAUGACAGACGUGGUACAUAUGCUAUCAGUGGUCCUUCAGAUGAUGACAGACGUGGUACAUAUGCUAUUAGUGGUCCUUCAGAUGAUGACAGACGUGGUACAUAUGCUAUCAGUGGUCCUUCAGAUGAUGACAGACAUGGUACAUAUGCUCUCAGUGGUCCUUCAGAUGAUGACAGACGUGGUACAUAUGCUCUCAGUGGUCCUUCAGAUGAUGACAGACGUGGUACAUAUGCUAUCAGUGGUCCUACAGAUGAAGGGGACAGACGUGGUACAUAUGCUAUCAGUGGUCCUUCAGAUGAAGGGGACAGACGAGGUACAUUUGCUAUCAGUGGUCCUUCAGGUGCUAGUGAUAGACGGGGUACUUAUAAUCUAGGUAAAGGCCCAUGCACCUCAGAAGACUAUGUAGGGCCAAUUUGCUCAAACAAAAUGAAAAAGGAGAUUUUAGUUUUUGGUCAAGAUUCUCUCAACACUAAGCCCAUGGGACCUAUUCCAGAUUUAAGCGAAUUUGAUGAUCUCCCAUUUACUGAUGAAGUUACUGUAAGUGAUCGUACAUUUCAGACUGAUUCUGUUGAAUCUUCUAGAGAAGUGUCGGAGCUUUCAGAGAGAUAUAUGGAUACACCGUUUAAGAGUAAUGAAGUAAAGAAUGCUUCCCAUGAGGAUAUGCCUUUGCCAGUCACUAGUGUAAUGGUAGAUAAUAGUGUGGCUUUACAACCUCCAACAGCUAGAGAAAAUUAUAUUCCACGAGGAAAACAGAUACCAAGGACACCCAAUGAGAAUGACUCAAGGGAAAAGAGCAGCUCUUUGAUAAACAGUACUGGAAGUGCAACUGAAACUACAUUUGAGCAUUCCAGUAUAGGAGGUGAUGCCAAUUUCUCUGUUCAGAUAUUUGUCGCAACUCCAAAGAGACCCCAGAAUGCUAAACUGACUGGAGCAAAAGAACAUGAUGCAGCAUUGAUUGAGAUCCCCAAAGAUGACAGCGAUAUGCCAAGAAACGAAAUCCAAAACAAUCAUGGCACUACUUCAGAUACAAAAAUAACACUUCAAGUAAAACAAAACUCUAAGCAGCUUCAGCCAAAAUUGAUGGAGGAAAGUCCUAGGCUGGAUUGGGAUGCUAAUAAUCCUUCUGAAAAAUAUUCAGAUACCAGCAAUGUUGAUCUUCAAGAUAGGAUUUUGGAAGAUAAGUCACCAAACCAUCUUGUAGAUUCUCCUUGCUUGAAGAAAACCAACAUCUCAGACUUUGAUGAUUCUUUGGAGAUUUUCCCCUCAAAGACUAGAAAAAUAACCAUGAAGAAUGAGAAUUCCAUCACAGGUAACCUUGGAGAAGCGAGUAGAGUAGCAGAGGGUGAAUUAACAAAAGAAAAUACUUCUAUUAUGGAUACCAAGAGGACUAAGAUGGGUGGUACUGAGAACAAGAGUGAAAGUCAUGGUAGUAGUGAGGAAGAGAUGCAGAAUAAGUAUGCACUUGACAGAAAUGAGUUCCAUGAAACAAUAGAAGAGGACAUAAUGCAUAAUCCUGAAGGAAAAAGGAAGCAAGGUAGAGGUAAUAGGAAGGAGAAAACCACAGAAAUGUUGGAGAACCUUGAUGUUUUAGCCAAAACACAGAAAAAGGAUAAAGUCAAAGCAAGGGAGAUGAAACUCGAGAAAAAUGAACCUGAGGUUGAAAACAACUCUGAGAAAGUAAGAAAUAUUAAAGAAAAGGAAAACAACAUGCCUCCAGAAAGAGAAGUUAAUUUGAAACAUAAAAACACGAAAAGCAAGCAAGAAAAACAACAGAGAUCUGCCAGAGCUUGUGAAGAAAACAAACCUCAUGAUGCUGACCUUAAUUCUUCAAAUGAUACAGAACAUAAUGAUAGCAACCAGCUUUUCUUACAUCCAGUGAAGGCGAAUAGGCAAGGGCAGAAGAUAUCUCAAGAUGACAGCCAAAAGAAAGCAGAAGACACUCAGUCAGUAAAAGAAGAACCUGCUGAACCCAAAGAAAAGAAAUCUAGGCAAAGAAAACCAGCUGAAGAUAAAACAGUUAAGAGAAGAGGUAGGAGAAAGGAAAAUGCAAUAAGUGAAGAUUGUGACAGUAAAGUGGAAACUGCUCUAACAAAAUCUGAAAAAAGUGAAAAACAGGAUUCUGUAGUAGAGCCAUCUAUAGAAAAGGACACAAACAGCAAAAGUGAUGAACUAUCACCAAUCAAAGCAUUGCCCAGACGAGGCAGGAGAAAGAAAAUUGAACCAGUGGAAAUCCUCCAGAUAACAGAGGAUAAAGUGAAUGUAAAACCAACAAAAUCAUCACCCAGUGAAGAUUUGCCAGAAGCACCAGCUAAACAGAUGCGAGGAAGGCCGUCAAGGAGAGCAGCAAAAGAUCCUCUGGCCAAGGAAAAUGAUGUUGAAUUAAAUGAAACCAUACCAGUUCAGAAAGGUAAAAAGAAAUCAGAUGUAGAAGAGAAAACCACAGAAAUGUUGGAGAACCUUGAUGUUUUAGCCAAAACACAGAAAAAGGAUAGAAAACAACAUGCCUCCAGAAAGAGAAAACAUAAUGAUAGCAACCAGCUUUUCUUACAUCCAGUGAAGGCGAAUAGGCAAGGCAGCAGAAGGAAUCUCAAGAUGACAGCCAAAGAAAGCAGAAGACACUCAGAUUCUGUAGUAGAGCCAUCUAUAGAAAAGGACACAAACAGCAAAAGUGAUGAACUAUCACCAAUCAAAGCAUUGCCCAGACGAGGCAGGAGAAAGAAAAUUGAACCAGUGGAAAUCCUCCAGAUAACAGAGGAUAAAGUGAGUGUAAAACCAACAAAAUCAUCACCCAGUGAAGAUUUGCCAGAAGCACCAGCUAAACAGAUGCGAGGAAGGCCGUCAAGGAGAGCAGCAAAAGAUCCUCUGGCCAAGGAAAAUGAUGUUGAAUUAAAUGAAACCAUACCAGUUCAGAAAGACAAGAAGGCUGCUGAUGAACUGACAGAACCUGUAUUACAAGAAGUAGUAAAGGAAACAUUUCAGCCAGAACCAAAAUCCAGGACAAAGAGACAGACAAGGAAAAAGAAUGAUGAGACAGUAAUCAAAAGUCCUACCACUUCCAUUCCAGCCAAGAAAAGUAUAAAGCAAAAGAAGACACAGGAAGAAAAUGCAGAUCUGACAGUAGUAAAAGAGAACACUGAAGAGACUCUCGUAGCAGAAACCAAGAAGAGUACAAGGAGAAAGAAGAUACAGAUGGAAAAUGUAGCUGUGGUGGAAGAGAAAGUAGAAACACUAGAAAAGACUAAAACUGCAAGAACAAGGAAUGACAGAGGAAGCAAGAAGAUACUAGAUCCUGAAACAGAGUUAGGGAGUGAGAACACUCAAACCAGCAAACCAAAAGGAAGGAGAAAAAAAGCCAGUCCCAAUGAUAGUCCUAUAGAUGUCGAGGAACAAAACCAAGAAGCCAAAGAAAAGGAAGUUCAGAAACAGUCAUUGAAAGCUCCCAGGGGUUCUCGUAAAAAGAAGAAUGCAGAGAUAUCACCAGAUGUUUCAUCCCAGGAAGUUCUUCCAGUUGCUGGUCGUCCAGGGCGGCGAUGUAAAGCCAAAGCUUCAGCAGCAAUUGCUGAGACCUUAAAUAGUUCUGACUCUGAUUUUUUGAACACUAUCAGAGCUUAUAAAUGA